AUGUUUGUUCUUAUUGUUGGAAUCACAGGCAACAUCGGCCUCAAGCUUGCCGAUGCCCUUAUACAGCGAGGUCACGUUGUCCGUGGAGCUUCUAGAUCGAUAUCAACCCUUCCGAGCAACGUUUUAGGAAAGCUUAAAAGUUUUCUUGAAAUCACGUCUUGGUAUGAUGUCCAAAGCAUUCGAAAAGCAGUAAAGGGUGUGGAUGCUGUAGUUUGUGCAUACAGUCCUAUCCCAGCUUUGGCGUUGGAAGGAGAGCUUCUUCUUGUUCGUAUUAUGGAAGAGGAGGGGGUUAGACGAUUCAUACCAUCUACGUGGAACCUUGACUGGUCUCAAUUACGUUGGGGCGACAUGCCAUACUACGAUAUAUUCCUUGCGCUACAGAGACAGCUUGCGCUAUCGUCCAAUGUAGACGUUCUGUACAUAUUCAAAGGUACACUGGCAGAAGUUUUCUUCUCCGUUCCUGGACACGGGAGGUUUGCGCCUUCGAACCAUGGAGUAUGGGAUCCUGAGGCGUCUCUCAAGAGAGCAGAAGUGUGGGGAACUGGUGAAGAGAAGUGGCAGUUUACCACCGAACAAGACUGCGCGAAUUUUACUGCAGAGCUUAUUGUGGACUCGACAAAGAAGGGCGGGUCAUAUUAUAUCUGCAGCUUUGAGCACAGCAUCAAGGAAAUCGCCGACAUCUACCAGGACGCUCGAGGGGUACCGGUGCAGCUCGAUUACAUGGGAAGUGUUGAAGAUCUAAGCAUCGCAGCUAACGAUGCAGUGCUCAAAAUGGGCCUCAAAAGAUUUGAGACUUGGAUGGGAUAUUUCUACCAACUGUAUCAGCUAAACGGCAGGUGCUAUAUGAAGCAAUUGGACAGUAAGCAGUACUCUUCACUGCACCUAACGUCGCUGGAAGGUUUCUUGAAGGAAAACAUGUCGAUUUAG